AUCUCGGCACCAGCAUGUAUAAAUAGGUCCGUUCAGUUUGGGGUUAGGACGUCGUUUUUUUGUGAAGUCCCUGUGAGAACUGAGCGCCAAUAUUUAUUGGGCAGUCAGGCAAAUCUUCACUGAAAUCCACAGUAGCAUGGCUCUAAAUAAUCCCACCCCUCUGGGACCAUGGAAGAUCACAGUUUAUGACCAGGAAAACUUCCAGGGCAAACGUCUUGAGUUCACCUCGGCCUGCCAGAACAUCAUGGAGUGCAGCGUCGACAACAUCCGCUCCCUCAAGGUGGAGUGUGGGGCCUGGGCAGGAUAUGAGCACUCCAGCUUCUGUGGACAACAGUUUGUGCUGGAGAGGGGAGAGUAUCCUCACUGGGAGUCGUGGAGUGGCAGCAACGCCUACCACAUUGAGCGGAUGAUGUCCUUCCGGCCCAUCUGCUCCGCUAACCACAAGGAGUCCAAGAUGGUGCUGUUUGAGAGGGAGAACUUCAUAGGUCGCCAGUGGGAGAUAAACGAUGACUACCCCUCCCUGCAGGCUAUGGGCUGGAGCAACAAUGAGAUCGGAUCUAUGCAAGUUCAGAGCGGAGCCUGGGUGUGCUACCAAUUCCCAGGUUACCGUGGUUACCAAUACAUCAUGGAGUGCGACCGCCACGGUGGCGAAUACAAACACUACAGAGAGUGGGGCUCCCAUGCUCAGUCCUUCCAGGUGCAGUCGCUGCGUCGGAUCCAGCAAUGAGGCCUGCAUCCGCCUCUCCCUACCACUCACUCUUUACCUCCUCUUCUUUCUUCUCCCCUUAUUCAUCUUCCUCCAUCCACCCUGUCAUUCCUGCACCUUUUGUGGUUUCCCAAUUGAGAAGUUAACACAGUGUUUGUUUUGUUGCCAAAUAAAAAGCACUUACAAGGGAUUGAGAGGAGAGAAAAAAAAACUGACAAUGAAGAGAAGCUCUGGACUGAUGCCCCAGGAGGAAAGAAGAAAAGGGAAGUGAAAAGCCUGGCAGUGGCAACAGAGCAGCGGAGUCACGCAGGCAUUGCUGUGUAACUUCACAUGUUUGUGGGUCACUAUGGUGACGCCGGUGAUGGAAAAAGAAAGAAUGGGCAACUUAAAAUAAACACAAACUCAAACAGUCGGCUUCUAACCUGCA